AUGCAGCGCAACCUUUCGCCGUGCCGAGCAUCUUCUGAGACACAGGAUGCGACAUCUGGGCCAGCGGCCCUUUUCCUGCUCCCACUGCCGGCGCGCAUUCUCGCGGAAUCAGCUGAUGAUGCGCCGCGACGUCUGAGGACGGUCAUCCAUCCGUCGCCUCGGAUUAGCCACUCGGGUGUUGAGCUACAAGAAUCAUGGCCAAAGGCGCAAAGUGCAGACGACCCGAGCAAUCCCCUGGAUAUAUCAAGAAACUCUGACGGCCUUUCCACUCAGCUCAUCCCCACGGUUGUGGCUGGCGGGCAACUCCUUUCUAUCCCGUCCGGGGAUAGGGCUGAGCUGGAAUGCUCAGGGGCAUCGCAGCAUGUCAAUGCUCUGAAUCUGGACUUUGAGUUUGCGCCUUUGGCCUUUGGGCUCCAGUCCUCCGAUCGAUGCCCCCUCAACAUGGCUGCACAGGAUGCAUCUUUCUGGGACAGCUUUCUGGACCUUGGCUCGCUCUAUCAAUGCCCAAACGCCGGCUUUCCACAGGUAAUGUUUCCAGAGAAACUCUCUCCUUCGCAAGCUGGGGAUUCAAUAUUUGCAUCGGACCCAGAUCAACAUCUACCGGAGUCUCGGGCACCCGUGCCGAGCUUCCUCGCCGCAAGAGCCAGCCCCGAGCCGAACCUAGGCCAAGCAAUGAGAUUCGACGAUUACAUACAAAAAGCAUGGAAACAAAGUGCGAGGAUCGGCAAGAGACAAGCCAAUCCUCUCAUCAUGGGCACCUUUGAUCCAAUACUCUCCUCGAGGGAUAGUGACGAUAUAUGGUGUCCUGAGGACCUCGCUCACGUCAAUCCUCUCCCCAGACAAAAGUACGAUCAAAUUGUAGCAAAAUUCGAAUCCUUGAACAACACGACCGAAGCAGGAUAUAAGCAGUUUUCAACCGGUGCUUUCCCUUCUCUUACUGCCUGUAACGCAUUUAUGCAGCUCUUCUUCGAAGAAUUCGACCCCCUUUUCCCCUUCAUCCACAAACCGAGCUUUGACCCUCGUCAAGAGCAUUGGCUGGUACUCCUUGCUUUGGUGACGAUUGGGUGUCGCUACUCCAAAGUCCCUGCUGUCGCUGAUUGUGUGGAUAUUUUCCAAGAAUUUCUUCGCCGAGCCUUUCAUGCCACGAUUGAAGAGGACUACCGCACAACGCACGAGCCAUGGUCUCGACAUCAGCUACUCGACAGCCAGAAUGCGUUAUUUUUUGACCUGCCACCAAUUAUCCCGACAGAUCUUCUUCGACUGCCACUGCCCGGCACGGAGGAGCUAUGGCGGGCUCCUACCGCAGCUGCGUGGUUUGAAGUCCUCCAGAAGCAAGGCAAGGACGGUCAGCCCCUAAGCAUCCGACAAGAGUUGAACCACUUGUACAGAGACAAGACAUACCCGCAGUCUCUCGGUGAUUUCUCUACCCUGCUCCUUGUUUUGGGUGUCUAUAGAACUGCGCUACGGUACCGCCAUUGUCUGGAGGACGGGUUCUGGUCGCCACCUAGUUUUACUGGAGACGGCCUGCAAUCUAAUAAUGUCCAGAAAAUGACGCAAGAAACCUCCCCAGGCACUAGUAGGGCCAUGGAAUACCUGCGGAUACUGUGUUCGGGUAUUGAGGAGCUUCCCAGGCUGUCUUCGCUCAAAUCUGCAAUUCUGAUACACCAUCACUCGAUUGGUAUUCUUCUCGGUAUAUCCAUGGGCGAGCUCUUUUGCUACUCCGGGUACCGUGUAUCGAGCGACGAUAUUCUCGAAUGCCAAAACCGUCUCCGGGCUUGGAUACGGCAACGCGGCGGAGAGGCUCGCCAGGUCGCCUUACACGCGGGCAAGUUGUACGGCUGUAUUCGUCAUUCAAACAUGCAUGCGUAUUUUGAGGGCCACGCGAUGACGGUUUGUUGCCAGGCCCUUUGGAUCUACGGAGAGAUCUCCGGUGUGUCUGCGCAUCAGCAUGUUGAGCGAAUGCUCGAUCAAGGCCAAGUAAGUGUGCCGCCAACAUUUCGCCUAGACCAGAAGAAUAGCCAGCACGACGAGCAGAUCUGGCUGGAACAAGGCGCCUCGAUGCGCCCCUACCUGGCGGGUGUGGGCUGCAUCCUCGGCUCAGAUGGCGCAGCGCGGCUUAUCCAAGAGGUUGUCCGGGUGUUAUGCGCUGCUCCAACUUGGGGGCGCUUUUUAGCCAUGGGAAGGGGGCUGCAGUUGCUCCAUCGGAUCCGAUCGGUAGCUGCCUCUUGA